AUGGCGAACGCUUUAAUCAAUGUCGGUGCUCUUGUGGCCACUUUCCUGCCCCUUGCCUACCUCAAAACCAAACAACCGGAUCCCACCAAGCAAACGCAGAUUUCGCUCGGGGUUGGCAGCAAUCCAAAUGCAGGGGGCAGUAUGCCUCACAUAGCUGUGUGGGACGAACAGGGGAACAGGAUAACCCAAUACAAAGGGGAUGAGAACGGCCAUGUAGGUGACAAGAAAGGGACGACUAUUGGGUUUUCUCUCGACAACUACCAGAACGGAGGAGUUCCUGCAAACCCGGCGUACAUAUCGAUUGUUAUGCAUGAGAAUGACGGUAUAUGUCUUGCCGCUGUGGCUGCCUCUGGCGGAAAUGUUCAGUGGGCCUGGACGGGGGACGUUGGAUACACUUGCGGUGCGCAGUGGUACAACAGCAAGUACACAGUUGGAAAUUCCAACCAACCAAUUCGGUGUGUAUGGCUCGACGCAAACCACGACAACGGAAUUAUUGCCAAGGGUGUAACCCUUCAUAUUCGAGAUUUUAGCGGCGAGGCAGGAUUGCUAGCCCAAUACAACGAAGACGAAGGACGCCUCUGCCAGAACUCAGCGCGGAUGACAUUCCAUCCCGACAUCCUACCUGACUCUAUACCCCCAUUCUUCAACCCACCGCUAGAGUACCAAAGAGAAACGAACUCUGACGACCCAAGCUUCGAAGACGACAAGCAUCAACGCUUCACGGCCGAAGAGCGCUAA